AUGGAUGUUAAUACCUAUUUAAACCAGGUGAAGCUUGAAAAUGACUCACUUCCUAAAGUUGUAGUUAUUGAUACUCCCAAACUGAGAAAUUUCGAUUCUUAUGAAGCCGCUGGAACAGAAGAUUCAAAGGCAACUAGGCUAUUUAACAGGCUAAUUCACAUAGAUGAAGAAUAUAAAAAGCUAGACUCAGGUUUUAUACUAACUGAUGAGGAACUUAAAUAUUUUAAAUUAUUAAAAUCAAAUAUAGCAUCGAUUUAUGGCAUACAAAAUGAUAAAUUAUGCUCUUCAAUUUAUAAUUACGCCAGAAUUCAUUUUAUUGAUCAAUCUCAUGAUCAUACUGACUCAAUUCAAAGUUCUAACACUAUAAAUUCCACUAAUACCAAUAACACCUCAACCAUUUCCAAAAAUGUCAAUGAUUUGAGUUUAAAUAGGGAAGAGGAAAGUGUGAUGUGGAAGAUGUUAAUGGAUUCAGAACCUCCUCCAAUUUCAACCAUAUGCAAUGAUGGAAUUAACUACGCCUGCACAGAGGAUUGCCUACAUAUUUUGGGAGAUUUGAUAUGCCAGUUUCCAGGCAGUCCACUUCUCAGAAACAGAGCGAAAUGGCUCUUUAUUAUAUUGCUGAUACUCGAUGAACUUCACUCCAUGACUGAAAACGUUUCAUACGACUUACAGAGAAUUAGAAGAUCACUACUUAGGAGGUCCUCCAUGAUUGAAUCUAAAGAGCUUGACACCACUGAGUUUUCUGAUUUUAUUGAUGAAUUGUGUACUAUAAAGCUUCUUUCGAGCCUAAUCUCCACCCAUUUUAAGCAAUAUUAA